GUUUUAUCUCAUGUGUAGUAGCAGUCGCUGGCAAUGUUCUGUGCUGUUCUUUUAUUGUUAGCUACGUGCUGUUUGGUUGACGCAUUCAAUCCGUAUGAUGACAUCUUCUCCUUGCCCAAGUUCCAGAUCAACUACAUCAACAGUCCCUCCAUUUCUCGCAGGGACUCGUUGAAGUUGCUCAGCUCCAACUCGUUGAACUAUGAGGUGAUAAGGCUUACCAACGCCCACAACGAGGAGGACUCCUAUUUGUGCACUCUUCCCAGUCUUGCAGAAAUUCAUCAAAACGAAAAGAACGAUCUUCAAUUCAACACAAACACCCAUCCCAACAAAAUCUUCCGCUACAAUGCUGACCCACAUUCGAACUCCAACAAUGAUAACAGCAUAAAUAACAACGAUAAUAUUGAAAACAACGAAAACAACGGUGCUAGUGAUGAUGACUAUAUCAAUGAAAAUCUUUUGAGAAAUAAAAGCAUUGAAAUUAUCAAUCAAUCUCUAAAUGACAUCUGUCUAUAUUAUACAUCUGGUUAUUGGACUUAUGAAUUUUGCUAUAACAACAAAAUCACACAGUUUCAUAACAUCAACCCGUUAUACUAUAAAUCAAGCUAUUAUAAUAUUAAUAUCAACAGGAAAAAUAGUCCAAGCAACAAUAACAAAAAUGAUAUCACAGCUGAUAACUCAAACCAAUUUAUCCCAAAAAUGGAUCCAAACAUUCCAAUUUUUACUUUAGGCAGAUUCAUGAACAGUACAAAAAACAUCAAUGCAAACAAUAACAAUAAAAACAAAAUCAUCCAUAGUCCUAAAAGCUUAAUGAAUUAUUUCCAAUUGAAUGAUUAUAAUUAUUAUAACCAAAAUAAAAAAUCCCUUUCAAUCACAAUAGAUCAUGGCUCAAAAUGCGAUUUAACAAAUUUAAACAGAAUGAUUGACAUAAUAUUUAUCUGUAAUUCAAACACAAAUACUAACAACAAAAAUAAUAAUAAAAAUAUCAAUAAUAAAGACGACAGUAAUAAUAACUUGAAUAUCAACCAGAUCAAAAACUCAGUCAAUGACCAGCCUUCAAUAUUAUCAAUAAAAGAAUACAAAACUUGUCAAUACGAAAUGCAAAUAUCAGUUCCAGAUCUAUGUUCUUUAUGCCAAUUCAAUAACGUUAACCAAUUUAAUUCAAUCAAUAAAAUCAACUGUCAAUUAAUCAAUAAUGAUCAUAAUAAUGAUAACCAACGUAAGGACAAUAACGAUAAAAAUGUACAAGACAACACUGAAACUAACAAUAAUAACGAUGAUAAUAAAAAAUUCGCUACUGCUGUUGACUUCUUUAAAGAUCACAAACUUUAUCACAACAAGAUAAACUUGCCUGAUUAUCACCUACUGCCAACAAUCAACAAUAUCUACUUGGGCACAAAGCUUGCAGCUCACGAUAACCACCACAUCAAUGCUCAAAUUGAAAAUCAAGAUAUUGAAGACUCUGAAAUUGAAAAUUCAGAGAUUGAAUCAAUUUUCUUAAUCAACGAUCCCUUAGUUGAUCUAGUAUCAAUAGUAGAAAAUAAAAACAGUAUUUUUUCAUCAGUUUUAAAAAGUUUAUCAAUAGCAUUCAUUAAUACUUUAAAUUCAAAGAAAUUAGUUCUACCCAAAUCGCUAAAGUUUGAGAAUGGGAUUGAUAGUGAUGUUGGUGCUAACUAUUAUUUUAAAAUUGGCGAUCAAUUUAAAUUUAUAUCACCAGUUUAUGAUUACAAAGGUAAUUAUUUAUUCUUUAUAUCUGUUGGUAUGUACAAAGAUGGUCGAUAUACUCUAUCUUACGAUUUUGAUUAUCCCUAUUUAUAUUUUGAGAAUAAUAAAAAAAACUGGGUUUUUUAUACAGUAUCCAAUAACGUGUUUCUAAAGGAUGGUAUGGGCAAAAACCAUGAACAGCAGCAAAUUAUAAUUUAUUGA